CAAGUCCGGCCAAUGGCAGCCCGUGUCUUGGAGACGUGCCUCAAAGACCCCAUUCUUGAGACGCACCUCAGCACCCAUUUCGCCAUGCUCCGAGGGUCUGCCAAGCGCGAGGACAGGUUAGCCUUGCUGAAUGAGCUUGUUCGCUUGGGCCUUGGGGACUUAAAAGAAAAGAAACGACGGCAGGGAGGGACGGGUCGAUAUGUGGAAUUCCAUCGUUGCCCUCUCUCUCCAGCGAUUUCAGCCACCCUUCUGGACCUACAAGUCUCUGAGGCUUUCUGGCCGUCUUCAAUCCCGCAGUCUGCUGGUCAGGAUGCACGUCCUGAGCGCUCACCACUUCCACCAAUGCAUGGCGCAGGAAAACGUGGAAGACACGGGGAGGAGCCAGCAGACAACGCUGAAGAAAACGACGCACGUCGGGGUCGUCCUUCUGCUGAGGAGGUUGCUGCUCUCUACACCAUGCGGUACACACUGCCGUGCGAGCGCGCCUUGUCCAAAGCUUACCUCUGGUGCAAUUCCUGCGAUGCAUGUCAGGAUCGGAAGGGCUGGAAAGCAAUUUGCACAUACAACCAGCCGGAGAAUGAAAUUGAGAGGAAGUCCACUCCAAUCACUGCCCACGGCGAUUUUAGUGCCACACGGGCAUGGAAUCCUCUGACUGCUACUGCCGAGCAUGCUUUGAAGCAGUAUGUGCAAAACCAUACUCGUUUCACAACCCAAGACCUUGUGCGGGUCGUCGAGCAACACCAGCCGGACCGCCCGUCAGACGCCUGGCUCCGCACGUGGGGAAAGAACCACCGCGUGCACAAGGGCAGUGCUGCUUCCCGUGCCAGUUCCUUCAAGUGGGUGGCUGCAGACUGGAGACAAUUGGAGCGUGAACUGGGUUCUGUGCAGGGUGUAGAUGAUGCUGUAAAUGAGCUAAAGGUUGCAGAUCUCCUAUUGGAACCCGAACACACAGCAGUAGUUUUUUGCAACCCAAUGUUGCUGCAAGACACGUUGCGCAGUUUGACAAACAAGACCUACAUAAAAUUGUGCGGAGAUGGCACAUUUAGACUGACAGAAGAUGAUUGGGUCUUGAUGACUGUAGGUGUCUUGUCCAAGCAUUAUGCUGCAUCCGAGGGCGUCUAUGCUUUUCGCACGGUCUUUCAUCCUCUUGUUUUCGGUCUUGCCAACAAAGAAAGUCAGACGACUUACCAGGUUUUAUUUGAAGCUUUGUGUGCGUGCGCUGACCGUUUUGCAGAUGUGGAUUUACGUUCGGCCUGUCACCAAUACCAUGCAGACAUGCACCCUGGUGAGGACCUGGCUCAAAAGUCGGUGUUUCGCUGCGCUAGCCGGGUGACCGACUGGGCACAUGUCAUUGGUGCUUGCAACCGCCCCAAGACCACAAAAGCUUUGAUGCCUGCAGAUGAGAGGAUCAAAACCUUCCGCACAGGUGCCUUUGCCACAGUGAAAAGCCAUUUGACGCAGAGUGGUCUGAAGUUGUUGCCCUUGGUGGAGCGAGCGUUCUUUUGUCUUCGCUGUGUCCCUACAGCUCUGCUUUUUCAUUCCAUCACUGCUUUGCUUCUUCAAACCCUUGUUUCGCAGCAGCCCCCUGAAGAGAAAGCAGCGAAAGCAUUGCAGAGGCAUUACUUUGUCAAGCAUUCGCGCCAGCAAGCCCAGACUGCUUUUGGAGCCUUUGACUGGCCCGGAGAACCAACUACGUUCUACACCGCUGAGUGGUGGUGUGGCCUGCAGCGAAUCCAGCCUGGAUCCGCUUCCGGCACACAAGCGCAGGAGUCAUGGCACCGCUGGAAGCUUAAAAAGUACCUCGGCCUCCGCAGUAGCUUGCAAUCCUUCGCAUCGUCCUUAGCCAGCUUCACUAAGUCACGUCUGAUGGACUUGCGUGCAGCGGGCUCGUGCCUACCCGACAUGCCAGCCGAACCGUUUCCUGAUAAGAUGGUCUUGUGUGAUUCGGACGCACUGACCCGGCAAGGCCGGUCAUCGGCGGAACAGUUUUUUAGGGUGCAGGCGUGGGACCGUUUUGACGAUGAUGAUGGGACAACAUUCUUGUGCAUGCGCCGCACCCUGGCCACAUAUGACCACGCUUCCAAAACUUGGGUCAGAACGCCUGACAAUGCCGUGCAGUGUCCGUCCUCUGGUUUUGCGCAAGCUUUUGCGAACCUUCUCCGGGCCAAUUCUGAAACCUCCUUGACCCGCGCUCUAUUGAACCUCGGCCUGGCGCAGCCUCUUUCGGAUUUGGAAAAGCUUUUGAAGCUGUUGGAUUCCUAUGUUGUUGUUGCAGUGGGCCACUUUGCUGCCCAAUUCUGGCGUCGAGAGUCAAUGGCGCAGGAGCUCAGCCCGCAUACGCAGGGCUUUUGUGCGUUUUGCGGCGAGUUUUGUCUCCACGCAACCUGUGAGCACAUGCAUGCUGCGUUCCUCGUUUUAGGCCAAUUGUCGCUACAGCGGCCAGUGUUUCCCCAGCGAAGCCAGCCGGUACCUUUGUUUGAACAACAGCCUGUUCAAGUCUUGUUGCCCUCGGCUUUGGGUGGGCUCUCGGACCAAAGCCAUCCUCGACCUCAGCCUUUGGCCAUUCCGCGUGAGGACGCUGCACUUGCUGCGUUUCUACGCUGUCACCAGUGGACUUUGUGGAAUCCUCCGCUGCAACAGCAGCAAAUAACAGUUCAUCAGUUGUCCGUCCUGAGCUUUGCAGACCUCCGCCUUGCCUUGCCAAGUCUUCCUUCUGGUGUCCUCCUCCAAAUGCAAAGCGCUGCCACGAAGUGGGUGCAGCAUCAGGCCU